AUGGGAGAAAGAGUAAGGAGCCCAGAUUCGGAACACAGCAGGGGAUCAGAUGAGGAUAAAAAUAGUGACUCCUGUUAUUCAGAUGAAGAGAAUACAUCUCAUUCGUCUGGCCAGUCGCGAACGCUAAGCUUUCCAUCUAUAAGCCAAGAAAAACGAGGUCACAAAACAAAAACUUCAAACAGCCUUGUGCACUACCAAGCCACGAAGAAAUUGGGUUCCAAAUACGUGCCAAGCAAAAGAGGGACGCAGUGUGGUUUCCACUCGCAGAGCCUGACUAGGGAUUCUCCUGCAAAAGAUAUAGAUCUUGUUACCAAAAGAGUUCUUUCUGCCAGGCUGCUGAAAAUCAAUGACCUCCGAAAUGAGCUGACUGAGCUCCACAUCAAACUGGAUGAGCUGCAGAAGGAGAACAGGGCACUGAAGAGGCUUCAGCACCGGCAGGAGAAAGCCUUGAAUAAGUUUGAAGAUACAGAAAAUGAAAUCUCGCAGCUCCUCGCUCGGCACAACAACGAGGUCAGAAUAUUAAGGGAGCGCCUUCGAAAAUCUCAAGAGAAGGAACGUGCAACUGAGCAGCGGCUGAAAGAUUCGCAAGAUGAACUGUACAGAACAAAAACUGCCUUGCAGAAACUGAAAAAGCUGUCUGCAGAUAAGCACCUUGCCGAAAGAGAUGACCUGGCAAAGAAACUGGCCUAUGCAGAGAGCAGGCUGGAGGACAAUGAAAAAAUAAUUAAGGAUCUGGAAAAAAACCUUGAAUUAAGUGGCAGCAGUUUUCAACGAGAGUUACAUGCAAAGAAAAAAAAGAUACUCGAGGCCCAAGAAGAAAAGAGAGUUCUCCAGGAAGAGCUUCAUCAACUAAAUCAGAAGCUGAAGGAAAAAGAAAGAGAUCUUGAAGUGAAAAAUAUAUAUGCUAAUCGUAUGUUGAAGCUGUCACCAAGAAAAGACGUGGAUAUCAUACAAAGAAAAAGAGCCAACAACCAAAGUACUAAAAAAGGAGCGCAGCUGACUAAAGGCGUCCAGACCAGCGGAUACUUCUCACCGGUGGAAUUUCUUCCAGAGUCAGAAUUGGUCCGCGGUGACGCAGCAAACAAGAAAGAAGGGAUUCUUCCUAAAAUAGAAAAAGAAAGCCAAGAUAAAGAAUGGAAGGAGCAAACAGACCUGAGACAGGACCAAGACAGGGAAAAGGAAGAGAAACUGAAAUGUCUUCAGGAAAUACAGGCUGUGGAAGAGAGGGCUCAAAAACUACAUGAAGAGCGGGAAAGGGAAGAAUGCGACAAAAUGAAAAAAGAAAGCAGCUUUUUAUUGGAUAAAGAAGAGAAAGCAAAGAUGGAGACAGAAAUCCACAAACCUCAGGUAGAGAGAGAAGGCACUGGAAUGCUGGAAGGGUGGCACAAGACAGAGUUCCUGCUUGCUAAAAUGCAAGAAAUUGAUAGAGAAACUCGGAAUGUAACCAACAUGAAACCUGCUUCCCAAGCAUCUCUCAUAAAUCCAGCAAGAAAAUCUGAAUCCCUGGAGAAAAAAGAAAAGACUCAUCUGUUCUUUGAGCUUCCCGGGAAGGUUACCAAUGGGUUUCCUGGAGAUGACAGCCAGGAUGAUGCCGUGAGAGCACAAGGGCAGAAGCAACGAAAUCCAAGCAGUGAGUUAACAUUUGGUAGUUAUGUACCUUCCUUUGGGAAGGGAUCGGGGAGACCAAGCUGGCUUACUCAAAAAAGCAGCAACUUGGAAGAAAAUGUUCAGGAAAACGCCGAUUUCAAUAGUAAAAAGGAAAAGAAAUCCAAUUUAAUGGAGCAGCUCUUUGGAAGCAGUGCCAGUACCGUCUCUCUUUCUAAAACCAGUGACACAAUGCCUUUUGACAUAGAUUGGGACUCUGGUAGUACUCUUCUUGUUGACAAAAACAGUAAAGGCAAAGGAAAAGAAGGCAACGAGCUUUUUGGUGAGGGAAGAAACGUAACCAGGCACCGUUUGCAACACACUACAAGCAGGCCAGGACUGAAGACCCUUGGUUCUAUAGAAGGUGAAAUCGAAGAAGUAUUCUUACAAUGA